UUCACAUUUAAGUAUUGCAAAGUGAAACCGUUACUUGAAACAACUUGGAACAAUGAAACUAUUGCUUUUCAUUACAUUUGUUCUGGCUCUGGAUCGCGUCAGUGCUACCAUCAAUGCCACGGCGGCAGACUACAUAUACUCGGUGACUGAAAUUAUUGCCGCCUUAAAAGAGAGUGGAGGGGACAUGUAUCGUGCUGAUUACUUCUUCAAAACCGUUGAGAAUCUCCUUUUCGGUUUACCAUUUCAGAUUGUUUUCGGUUUGUUAAAUGCAGUUUGUUCAGCGGUGCUUGCGGAGGGCAGAGAUCAAACACCCGAAAGCUUUGAACCGAGAAUAGAAGAUAUUGGACUGCAGUUAAGUACAGCUUGUAGUGGGCGAGUAUAUGCCAUCGAAGAUAUAGCACAACUAGCAACAGAUCCAGAUUUCGAUCCGAACAAGAAGACGGUGAUAUUUUCGACGGGUUGGUUGUCGACAUUGGACUAUGAAGCCACCGGUGUGUUGAGCCAGGCAUUUCGUUGUCGUGGCGAUACGAAUUUUCUGGUGCUCGAUACCGGUGGUUAUAUUGGCACGCUUUACGUCUGGUCCGCACAAAAUACCGAUACAAUUGGCAAAUUUCUCGCUGAGGGCAUACAAAGUCUUUCCGAAAUUAUCGACAUCAACAAUUUGCACAUAAUCGGUCACAGUUUGGGCGCACAAAUAAUGGCUUCCGCGGCGCGACAUUAUACCGAUCUCACAGACAGUCAACUACCGCAUGUGACGGGUCUGGAUCCCGCUUUCCCGUGUUUUAACGAAGGCCAGGUGCUGACCAUACUCUCGGCUAGUGAUGCCGAGUUUGUCGACAACAUAAUCACGACACCCGGCAUUGCCGGACAAUUCGCGGCCAGCGCUGAUGCCACCUUUUAUGUGGGUGGCAAGUUUCCCAUACAAGCGCCUUGCACUGGUCCAGCAUGUUCGCAUGUAAUCGCUAUCGAUUACUAUAUAGAAUCGGUCUUUCCGAAUAAUGAGCAUAAUUUCCUAGCGAAGCGUUGCAGUUCGCUGUACAAUCUGCUAGCUGGUAGAUGUGUUGGCGAUUCAUAUCCAAUGGGUUUAGCGGUGCCACGUGACUUAAUCGGUAGGUAUAUACUGGAGGUGAAUGAAGAGAAGCCGUAUGGUAAAAAUGCCACUGAGGACUAUGUGAAUCCGGACACCACUACUUGCGGGCUUUGUGAGGAGGAAUAAGUAAUGGCCGCAAGCUACACCAUUUUAUUUAUAUUAGCCGUUAUUUAAUCACUAUUAUUAUACCUAGUUACUGUUAUAAAUGAAUUAUUUAAAUAUAUAUAAUCUAUUCUGCAUAA